AUGGCGUCAUCACAAGAAUCGACAACGACCACUGGGGAGUGUUCCUGCGGCAAGAUCAAGUAUUCAUUCCAGGGCAAACCUCUAAUGUCUGCACUCUGUCACUGCCUGAAAUGCAAACGCUCCAACGGCAGCAGUUUCAGCACCAACCUCAUCGUUCCUGAAGCGACUUUCAAAUUCAAAGAGGGCGAGCCAGCACAGUUUGUGAGCAAGGGAGAUACAGGAAAAGAUGGCACAUCACAUUUCUGUCGAAAUUGCGGCUCUCCACUCAUUGUUAGCAGUGCAGCAGUACCAGGAGUGGUAAUCGUGAAGGCUGGCACUCUCGAUGACUGGGAGUCCAUGCAGACAAUGUUCACUCCAACGACGGAAAUGUUCUGUGCUACAAAGUUCUCAUGGUUGCCAGCAGUCGAGGGGGCAGCCUCGUUAAGUGGUUCCAGCUGA